AUGUCCCAGCGCAAUCCAGAUCCAGCCUGGACAUCGUACUUCUUCUCCGGCUCCCCCCCUCGACCCGAAUUCAACAACCUCAUCCACAACGCCGAAGACUGGCUACCCUUCCCAUAUCUCGACCAACCCUGGCAACUGGGACGACAAGUGAGCAACAACAUCCCAUAUGGUCAUCCACAAUUAGUCUUUUAUCUCUACUCCAAACAAAACGACACCACUAUAAUUUACGUAGCAAAAACAUUCACAAACCCUAACCCGCACCGAGCUAAAGCCCAACUCCAACGCAUCCCCUCAAAACACCACACCGUCGAAAUGCUCGUUAAAGACCUCGACCCAUUCUACCUGGAAGCAAACGCCCUAGAACAUAUCCAUCGAUUCUGUCCCGAUGCCCGGAAGAUAUACUUCCCUGCUUAUCAUGGAGUCAUUACCGAUAUACCGUACUCGAGAUUGAGUGAUCGGCUAAGACCACGUCAGCGCGCGGUGGUCCUAGAACGACUGGAACCAACCAUUUCCCAUAGACGUAUCCUCGGAGCAGCGACUCCUGAUAUAUCUACUCCGUUUUACCACAGUCUCGAGGAUCUUUCGAUCUGUCCCUUUGAAAUAGACUGGUAUGCCUCUCUAGCCGAAGAUCGAUGCCGUCGUGUCAACGCACUCCUUGAUAUCGGGAUCGUGCAUGGGGAUAUCCGCGAUGAUCACUUCCGACUUCCCGGUGAUUUUUACGAUAUCGUUCUGUAUGAUUUCUCAAUGGCGUAUACGUUCACGCCCAUUAUACCCUAUACUAUUUGUUUUACAACACCGAAGCCGUUGGAACAUCUGAGGAUGCGAGAGCGGAAUCAUGUUCAUCACACGGUAUACAAGCGUGUGGAACAACGGGAUUUCUAUCACCAUGUGAUUGAGUCGCUACAGAUGCAGCCCAAGGAUAUCCAGGAUUUAUUCAUAUCUCCAAUCGAAGGGGUGCGCGCGAUCCUGGAUAUGGUUGUUUUGCGGGUCGCGAGACGUCCGGAUCCAUUCACUAUGCCCUCAUCAGCAUCCGUAUUCCAGUUUCUGGAGGCCGUGUGUCCGAAAGAUCGACCGACUUGGUAUGUGACGACUGCUCGGCAACUAGGUCUUUAUGAGGCUGCUUGGGGGGUUGGUUGUCAGGCGGGAGGUAUUCAAAAGGGAAUGGAAUUGGUUACGUUGGGUGAUGAGAUCUUAGUCAAUGUUGAUGAGUUGGGUCUGGAUGGAGGGGAGUUUUUCUUGCUUGUUUUGAUUCCUAAGGCGUGGAUGGGUGGGGAUGAUGUCGAGAGGAGGAUUAAGUCGGUUUGUGAGAGGGUUAUGGAUCAGGGGGAGGAGAGUGUUGUGUUGGGGAGGGAGGAGUUUGAUCAGCUGUAG